GGUCGCUUCUCAGUAGUCGGGCCUGUCUAUAAAUACCAUGAUGUCAGAGUAGAUAGAAAGCUGGGAAGGAGGCUGGAGGGCGAUCCAACGUCCCAUUGCCGGAGUGCAGGCGCCCAAAGGGAAGGGAAGCUUCAUCUGGACCAUUCAUCGGCCGACUGAUUACCUAAAUCUAGGAAGAGGAAGAGAUGGGUGUUGAAUUUCAGCCUAGGGACUAUGACAAGACUGGAAAAGAAACCAGUGCAACUUGGCCUCCACCUUUGGUGUUGGGUCUACAACCAGCCGCCUUGGUUGACCACGUAGCUAAAGUUGAUUUGUCCCUCCUUUCUCAAAUCCCCGGCAAGCCUGGUGGCUCCUUUCCUGUUACUGCUGAGGAACUGAAGUGUAUCUUGAGUGAGGUAAACACCCAUAUUCUUUCCUCUCAUGACAAUUCAUCUUCUUCGAAAACCAUGGCUGGAGGCAGUGUUGCAAACACUAUUAGAGGCCUUGCUGCUGGCUUCGGGGUAAAUUGUGGAAUAAUUGGGGCUUGUGGUGAUGAUGAAGAAGGCAGAUUGUUUAGGACUAAUAUGAGCUCUUACAAAGUUGAUUUGUCCAGAUUGAGAUUGAAGAGUGGUCCAACAGCUCAGUGUGUUUGCUUGGUUGAUGAACGUGGCAAUCGCACAAUGAGGCCAUGCCUCUCUGAUGCUGUGAAAGUUAAGGCAAAUGAACUUAAAAAAGAAGAUUUCAGAGGCUCCAAGUGGUUGGUCGUGAGAUAUGCCAUAUUUAAUUUGGACAUCAUUCAGGCAGCUAUCCAAAUGGCUAAGGAAGAAGGUCUUUCUGUUUCCUUGGAUCUAGCCAGUUUUGAGAUGGUACGGAAUUUUAGGUUACCACUUCUGCAGUUACUAGAGUCAAGGAACAUAGAUCUAUGCUUCGCCAAUGAGGAUGAAGCAAUUGAACUACUAAGGGGUGAAGAGGAUGCCAAUUAUGAGGUAGCCCUUGAAUUUUUGUCAAAAUACUGCAAAUGGGCUGUGGUGACAUUGGGUUCAAGUGGAUGCCUAGCUAAGAAUGGAAAAGAGGUUGUGCGAGUACCAGCAACCGGGAAGAAAGAGGCAAUUGAUGCCACCGGAGCUGGAGACCUCUUUGCGGGCGGAUUUUUGUACGGACUGAUGAAGGGACUAUCACUGGAGGAAUGUUGCAAAAUAGGCUCAUGUAGUGGUGGGUCUGUGAUCCGUUCUCUCGGGGGUGAGGUAACACGAGAAAAUUGGCAGUGGAUGUACAAACAGAUGCAAAAGAAGGGACUUCCAGUCCCAGAUUCGGCAAAUUCAGACUCCUAACGGAGUUGAAGAUUAUUGGUAUUGCUGUUAGAUGAUUCUUUACUUGGCCAUCAUGUUUAAGGAAAGGCCCUCUUAAUGUUUUUUUUUUUUUAUUUAUCAACCACUCUUUUCAUUGGAAAGUUGUAGAAAGUUUUAAUCCUAUGUUACGCAUAAUGCCAUUGUUUAAGCAAUCUAUAGUUUCUUGUUUGUACUGGUUUCAACUCAAUUUAUUGAAUUGUGACUGGAUGGCACUCCAAAAGUUGGGAGUACCAUACUUGCUUAA